AUAAGUUACCUCUGACAUCACAGUGCACCGUUCUCCAUCAAGAGUAUAAAAGGCCAGAACACUGAGCAGCAGUCGGCAUGCGGCAUUCGACAUCAGCCAUCUACCGAACAGCAGCGAGCAAUUGACAGCAAGAAUCACGCACGAUCAAUUCUAAACCCAGUAAAGCUUGAGUGUGAAGAAUCCUGUACUGUGUUUUUACUGACACGCUGAGAGAUGAGGCAGGUAGACGAUGCAAUGAAGCAGGUAGUCAGCGAGUUGAGGCAGUUAAAAGCUAUUUGGUGGCCAUUCGGAUUGUGCCCAAACCAAAUCGCCGUCAUGUCGUCUGAGAAAGAGCCGAGCGCCGACACGCGUUUCGCUCGCGUCAAGAAGGACCCCCGCUUCUGGGAGAUGCCGGACAUGGAGCAGAAACUGCGCAUCGACAAGCGCUUCCAGUCCAUGUUCCACGACAAGCGCUUCAAGCUCAAGUACACGGUGGACAAACGCGGCCGUCCCGUCAACCACACGUCCACCGAGGACCUGAAACGCUUCUACAAACUGUCCGACUCGGAGCAGAGCGACAGCGAUGCCAACGCAGCACAAGAGACGCUCCAGCAGAAGAAGAAGAAAAAGAAGAACCAGCAGAAAGCAAAAGCGAAGGAGGAGGAGCUUGGAGGGGAGGGGGAGGGGUUUGAAGAGGAAGGGGAGGGGCUUGUGAGUAUGAAAGCUGUAAAGAAAAAGCCCUUAAUAUCUGACGAUUAUCAGAGGAUCCGGAAAUCGGGGCCAGUUAAAGGAGCGAGAGUCGUCGAGGAAGAAGAUGAUGAUGAUGAUGAUGAUGAAGAAGAACACAGCAACGCUGAUAAAGAAGUAGGCCUCUCUUCAGAUGAUGAUGAUGAUGAUGAGGAAGAUGACGAGGAAGAGGAGAGUGUGUCAGAGGAAGACAGUGACAGCGGUCCUGAUCUGGCACGAGGAAAAGGCACCAUCGAGACUAGCUCUGAGGAUGAAGAUGAUGAGGAUGUGGCGGAGGACCUGCUGCAUCACGAGGAAGAGGAGAUCGAACACGACUGGGGGGAGAUGUGGAAGGAUGCGCCGGCAAAUGAGGAGGUCAGUUGCAGGUUAGCAGUGUGCAACAUGAACUCGGAUCGGAUCAAAGCUAAAGACCUGUUGGCUCUGUUCAGCUCCUUCAAACCUAAAGGAGGAGUGGUGCUGUCUGUCACGAUUUACCCCUCAGAGUUUGGUAAGGAGAGGUUAAAGAUGGAGCAGACUCAGGGCUCUCUGGAGCUCACCAGCCUCCCAGACGACCCAGAUGCAGACUCUGAGGAACAGAGGUGGAGUUAACUUGGAAGGAGACGGACUACGAUCGCAUCACAACCCUCAGCAAGAACUUCAGCAAGGACAAGCUGCUGAACAUGGACUUCCAGGCCUACCUCGCUUUCUCCAGUGAGGAUGAGGAGGAGGAUGAGGCAGAAGGUGAGCACUGAAGGUUCCUCUAAAAUCGAUAAGAUCGGAUUGAUUUGAAAACGCUGUCUUCGUGUCGAAGACUUUUCAAAGAGCCCGAAAGUAAAUAAACAUCAGGCUGAAAUGA